UCGGUGUGAGCCAGGAGCUACCCCUCUAUUUCGGAAAGGCACUCUCAUUCGUGCUUACCUUACAUGCGUAAUCUACGCCAGCACGCCCUUCACGCGGACUCCGCGGCGCUCCGACUACCUACUCUUUGUUUGUGACAUGGCGUACGCAAACAUCCACAGAAAGGUAGCCAUCGCAAGACUCGACCGUGGGCCACCUCCGCCGCCAAAACCUCAUCCGGCUCAGAACCGCGAGGAUCGAGUGACAAGAGCUUGCAAGAACUGUCGCAAGAGAAAGGUCAAAUGUUCUGGUGAAGUUCCACGCUGUGCCAUAUGUCAGACCAACAACCUUAGUUGUGUCUAUGAGCAGGCGCGACGCGAUCGCCUGAAAGAAGCGAUUGAUCUCAACCACACGUUUGUCUGCCUCUUCAGGGACCUCAGCACCCGGCUCAAUGAGGAGGACAAGAAAAAACUUCAAGAUGUCAUCAAUGCUGCAGAAGAUGACAUGAUAAAUGCAAAUUCGGCUGCACCCUCCCUUAUAUCACUCGGCAAACGGGCUCGGAAAACUUCUGUCAGUGGAAGCUCAGAUGCAGAUCAUCAUGCAGAAAAGAGCGGCGAAGCGCACGUCACAGCCUCGGUGGGGUCAAACGAAGAUCUCGACUAUCUAGACGAAGACUUGUUACGAACUCGCGAAUCCAGGGAGACAGGAUACGUUGGGCAAAAUUCAGAAGUGCAGUGGCUGCGCUCUGUUCAGCGCCAAUCGCAGAACCAAGAGGGGGAGCCUUAUGGUCUUCCAUACGGGCCCCCGGGCUCCAGCGGACAUGAUGUCGACCAACGAUUUGAAGCACUCCACCAGCGUAGACUUGAGAGUGGCCCUACACCGACCCGACACGUCACAGAUGCAACAUUUUAUCUCGACAGCGACAACAUUGAACUAGACAUUGUGGUCAACCCCUAUGAGCUUCCUGAUCCCGAGAUCGCUGAGCGACUCCUAGAAUGCUACUUGAGCACAGUACACAACUCGUUCCCAAUCGUUCCAUCAAGCUUUGAGGAUCAAGUACGCAGGUUCACAUUCUCUUUGAAGCAGAAUCGAGUCUUCCGUGUGCCGGACAGAUGGCGAGCUCUGUUAAAUCUUGUGUUCGCAAUAGGCGCCAAAUAUUCUCAUUUGAUUGGCUAUGAAUGGCAGGGACCUGAUCGCGACCAUCUUGUGUACAUGACUCGAGCUUCUCGCCUUCUUGGUAUGAACGACGUUGUCGCGUUGACAUCAGAACCCGACCUGACUCUGGUGCAAGCGACGGCCGUCUUCUCCCUCUAUUUCCUGGUUAUCGGACAUGUAAGCCGUGCAUGGCUCACGAUUGGCAUAGCUAUCAGAAUUGCCAUGUCACUCGGCUUGCAUCUGCGAAACGAAGUACCUGGGGCCGACUCGAGUAAGAAAGAGACACUGGUAAGGACAUGGUGGAGUCUGCAUUCGAUAGAAUGCUUAGUGAGCUCGAUCACCGGUCGACCCCCUACCAUACCGAUUGAAGAUUCCACAGUACCGUUGCCGAAAGGACUUAAGGCAGAAUCACAUCCGGUCACCAAACGGCCAUCAUCCAAUCAAGAUCAGCUGCCCCCCCCAGAAGGAAAGUUACGAACCAGUAGCUCUACAGGCAUGGAUGACUAUCUCAGCAGUACCCUGAAUAUUGCAAUUCUUACACAAAAGGCUCUGAGUGGCUUGUAUGCACCUCGAACCGCAGUUCAAUCUUGGCAGGAGAUUCAAACCAGGAUUAAGAAUCUGCUUCAAGACCUUGAAGACUGGUCAAGACUUGCAUUAAAUGGAAGCCAUGCUCCUGGUAGUGAGCAACUUGAGCGUGAGUAUAUGCUUCUUCAGAUGCACUAUUGGAGCACAAAAAUUCUCAUCACCCGGCCAUGCUUAUGUCGAACGGAGCGGCGUAUCAAGAAUCAGAGCGAUGCUUCUGCCAUCUUUAAUUCUGAGAUGGCCAAAGCUUGCGUCGCCUCGGCUCGUGCAUUGACAGCGUUGUUUCCGGACAGACCUGACCCUAAGUUUGUAUACAUGAAAGCCCCGUGGUGGAAUAUUGUGCACAUAAUGAUGCAAUGCGCUGCCGUUUUGCUUCUUGAAGUGGGCUACCAAAGUCGUCACACCAAGGACGAUAAUACCGAAAUCACUUCUGAUAUACAGAAGCUCAUCGUUUGGCUGCAUGCAAUGGGGCAAAACGAUCCCUGUGCAGAUCGAGCGUAUACUGUAUUACAGCGAAUCUUAACCGAUGUCGCGCCGUUUCUUCGAUCCAAAGCUCACGAAUUACUCGAGGGUAUAGCAGAGGAGGAUGCAAAUGCGCAAUCCCACAGCUCAUUCAUGCCACCAUUGAAUCAUCAGAACGCCGGCUCAGAUUGGGCCCAAGGCAAAGUAUUCGAUGGCUCCAGUGAAUCAACUGGUCAUCAGUACUAUCCACAGUCUUCGGGUCGGGACUAUCAGAACACUUCGUUCUCCCUGGAUAGUUACGCGACAACCGACAGCAUUUCUCUCAAUGACAUGCGUAUGCCCAACACAUUUGGGAAUCCCUUCAUUAACAAUUGGGACGAGGCCAUGCCUCUGAAUGGUUUGCUGAGUAUGUGGUCUACAGGCCAUUCUUUCGGCGCCACUGGCCCUGAAGAUGUAGGGGACAUGUAUCCCCACCCAUCAUUGGAUUCACAGCAGCAUCAACACCAACACCAGGAACACCAACACCAACAGCUCACAUCACCACCUGGAACGAUGGGAAUGCACGAUCCAACUUUUCAGCAGUGGCGGAAGGAAUAGGCUGCCUGAAGUCCCCAUGAAGACUUCAUUCGAUGCCACAGGAUGGCGCUAAACUUGGCCUGUUGAAGUGUUAGAUCUGGACGUCUGAUAUUCUUUCUUCGCUUAGACUGAGCUUCAAGCUUACAGUGACACGAGAUAAGUGGAUAUGGACCUGUCAGGUAGAAGGCGGCAUUCUUGAUCACGAAUACAACACCAUAGCUGUGAAGCUACUGUCUUGUACUUGCACGUGGCGCACUAAAUAGUGCAAUGAAGCGAAUCAUCGCACGAGACGUGAUGUCCUCUUCCCACGCACCGCAUCUGCAGGUGUAAGUCAUACGAUUUCAACAGUGGUCAAUAUCGACAAUGUCUCAACACUAUCACAAACAUGAAU